GCGAAUGCAGUGUGCGACUUAUGACGGCACAGUAACACCUGGGUGGUGUGAGUUAGGGACUAUGGACCCAGAGGAGCUCACCGCUAAUGAUGCCCCGCUCACCGUUAAUGAACAGCCAUUAGGUUCCUGCACUUUGAAAUUCCCUGCCCGAGAUGACCAGGUGAUUGUGAUGUCCGGCCACGAGACGAUCCGUGUCCUGGAGGUGGAGGUGGACGCGUCUCUUCCGUCCUCCGGGUCUGAUGGGAAGCCGGAGACAGGGGGUGAGGAGGGAGGCAAUCUCACCCUGGAGCCUGUUGAGGGAGGGGCACAGGACCCCCCCGCGCAGCCCUCUAACAGUGGCGGAGUAGUGCUGGGUGAAGGAGGUGUUGCUGUGGAAGCAACGGCCACCCCUGUCGUCCAGACCAUGACCCCAGCAGGCCCCAUCAGUGUGUCCCUUCCGCAGCCCCAGACGGCUUUGCCCAUCACCGUGCAGGGCUGCCCGCAGGUGCUGACUCAGGACGGCCUGACGACACUGAUGACAGGAAUGAUGGCCCAGCCCGGCUCGCUGGGCCAGCCCGUCCUCAUCCCCCUCAGCAUGGCGGGGCCAAUGGCGGGCCAGGGGGGCCUGGCUGUGCUCACUAUCCCCACGGCAACCGUUGCCACCCUUCCUGGGCUUACCGCCGCCACCCCGGCUGGGGGGGUCCUCAAAUUACCCCUUGCUGGCCUGCAAACUGCCACUGUGCUGAACACGGUCCAGCCCCAGCUGCACACAGCUGCGCAGGCUGUCCUGCAGCCGCAGGCAGCCUCUUUGCCAUCGGUGCAGGCAUCCCUCCAACCCCAGCCGCAGACAACGCAGGCGACCGCGCAGGUGGUGACCGCCUCGGUGGCCCCCACUCUGCCCAGGGCCUCUGAGCCCACCGCUUCCGUGGCAACACCGCAGACAGCGGGACUCUCCAUCAACCCUGCCAUUAUCAGUGCGGCAUCGCUGGGAGCCCAGCCCCAGUUCAUCAGCUCCCUGACCACCACGCCCAUCAUCACCAGCGCCAUCUCCGGUGUGGCGGGCCUCACCAGCCAGAUAAUCACCAAUGCACAGGGGCAGGUGAUUGGGACUCUCCCCUUCCUCCUGAAUCCGGCCUCUCUGACUGGAGGUGCUGCAGCGCCUACUCUCCCGUCCCAGGGCUUGCAGGUCCAGACGGUUUCUCCCCAGCUGGUCGUGAAUGCCCAGGGCCAGAUCAUCGCCACUAUCGGGAACGGACCUGCCGCUACCGCCACUUCCGCGGCUGUCCUCCCAAAGACAUCUGUGCCUAUAACACUUGCUAAGUCCAACACUCAGGGGCCAGUGGUGACAGUGGCUCAGCCUCCUGUGGUCAUCGCUCCCCAGCCCUCUGCUGUGAAGACAGUCACUUCGCUCGCCUCACCUGUCUCCAUCGCGUGUGGGGACUCGCCCACUGUAGGCCAGCUUGUUGGCAAGCCCCAGCAGGGAGUCACAGAUGAAGAGGGUAUUAACCUGGAGGAAAUCCGUGAAUUUGCCAAGAACUUUAAGAUCCGCCGCCUCUCUCUGGGGCUGACACAGACACAAGUGGGACAGGCUCUCACUGCUACAGAGGGUCCUGCCUACAGCCAGUCUGCCAUCUGCAGGUUUGAGAAGCUGGACAUUACGCCGAAGAGCGCUCAGAAGUUGAAGCCGGUGCUGGAGAAGUGGCUGGCUGAGGCCGAGCUGUGGAACCAGAAGGGGCAGCAGAACCUGAUGGAGUUCGUGGGCGGGGAGCCGUCAAAGAAGCGCAAACGGCGCACCAGCUUCACCCCGCAGGCCAUCGAGGUUCUCAACACCUACUUCGAGAAGAACGCUCUCCCCACGGGCCAGGAGAUCACCGAGAUCGCCAAAGAGCUGAACUACGACCGCGAAGUUGUCCGCGUCUGGUUCUGUAACAGGCGCCAGACCUUGAAGAACACCAGCAAGAUCAACGUCUUUCAGAUUCAGUAAUCAAGUGGGGGACAAGUUGGGCGUUCUGGAACAGAUUGCUGGUUGAAGGAAAGGCAAAAGGGUUAAAGCAAGAAGCGGAUGGAUUCUUAGAAAGUGGACAGGUGGAAGUGGGGAGUUUGCUAGGAUUGGAAGCCCUAGUGAUACUCUAACUGGUGGGUGAUGACAAUGAAGGGAAUGGAACUUAGUAUGAAGGAUAGGCCUGCAUACAAACACACACACAUGCACAAACACGUGUCACUCAUUCCACAUUUUUGUGGAUAUCUAAUUACAGUCAUACAGCUCCGGUAAGGGCUCAUGUUGUUCACAAAGGGAAAUCUGAGAAGGGGAGGGGUCCAGUAUGCCCCCCUAUCCCUUAGUGGACUGGGUUGUUAUCCUGUGUCCUAGUAAGUACCUUGUCAAGCCAGUCAGUCAUAGGGUGGAAUGUGGUACACAUGCUUUUGUGUGAAGACCUGGUUAACUUGAACAAUAUGCAGCCCCUUACCUUCAGCAAAUGAAACUGAGUGGCAGCUUUGGCCUCAAUUAGGAAGGAAACCUGUUACAAAGUGUCUUUGGGGGUUUCACAUCACAUCGUGAGUGUAAAGAACGGCCCACUAUGAAGAUUCAAACUUCUUAUGUACAUUUGUGUCUCCCGAAA